UGUGCUUCUGGUGGUAGCUUUCGUAUUAUAUAAUGUAACUUUAUUAUGUUUGCUGAAGAGAUUUCAGCUAAUCAGUAAAGUGCAUUUGGGCUGACUUUUAAACACAAUAAAAACAACCUCCUCCAUUACUGUGCUCUGGAUAAUAUUUUGUCCACUGUAUGCUUCUAUACAGUAGGUAUGUUUUGUCAACACAGAAACUGAAGCCUAAAUGGGCGUAAAGGCUAAACUAGGCGAUCUUAGAAGUAGAGAGGGAGCAUUCAUGGACUGUCUCAGGGUUUUCCUUCGACUGGAAAGCUGGCUUUGAAUUUUAAAAGCAGGUUUGAUCUUCAAGGGACAGUUUGAAGAGAAAAAUCAGGAAACGAGGAAUAAUACAAGACUAGCUACAACAGAAAAUUAUAUCAUAAUUACGGCAUCAUGCAUGAGAGCCGGGGAUGUGGCUGGUGAGCUCCUGUGCUGGAACAGUUAGUCGGCGAGUAGGCUGGUGAGAUGGAGAGUGCCCUGAGUGGGAGUGUGGACUCCAGGGCUUCCCUUCGCACUGUCAGCUCCAUUAACGCAGUGCAGCUCGCAGCCAGACUCGAGUCCUACGAAUCCGGGGAAAAGAAAUCCAUAUCUGAUGUCAGACGGACUUUUUGCCUAUUUGUUACCUUUGAUCUUCUGUUCAUUACCUUCCUGUGGAUCAUUGAACUGAACGUAGACGGAGGCAUUGAAAGACAGUUAAGCAAGGAAGUUCUUUAUUAUGAUUACCACUCCUCCUUCUUUGACAUAUUUGUCCUAGCAGUUUUUCGAUUUACUCUACUGAUACUUGCUUAUGCAGUGUGCAGGUUGAGACAUUGGUGGGCUAUAGCGAUAACAACAGCAGUUACCAGUGCUUUUUUAAUAGUUAAAGUCAUCAUCUCAAAGCUGCUUACCCAAGGGGCUUUUGGCUACCUGCUGCCUAUUGUGUCCUUCGUACUAGCAUGGAUAGAGACCUGGUUUUUGGACUUCAAAGUAUUGCCACAGGAGAUGGAGGAUGAAAAUAGGUUCCUGUCGGUUCCGGAUGCCUCAGAGAGGGCGGUGCUCAUUCACCCAGGCCCUCUGUCUGAUGGACAGUUCUACUCGCCUCCAGAGUCUGUAGCAGUGUUAACUCGAAGAACAAUGUGUGGUGCCUCAAGAGACCAUUACAACCUUAAUCUGCUCUGUGAUCCAGUCACCAGUCGCACUGAAACUUUUCUUUACUGAACAAAAUGGAACUGAUGUGGAUGUUGACUCAAUGAGCAGAAGCUACAAGAGCCGUCUUUUGCCUUAGAACUGCUAACAGCACUACUAGUCCUGUCCAUUUUCACUGUACUAACUCUCAAUGCAAUCAGUUGGUUCAGAUAUCAUGAUCUGAAUGUUCAGCAGAUCUACAGCUAACUUAAACCACUAAUUGUAAAUAGUUAUUUGUUGAGAAAUCUUGUACCAUUCAUAGUAAAUCGCUGUGCUCGGUACAGUUUAUAAUAAAGAAGUGGUUUCCUCUUAAUUCGUUUUUAUCAAGGUUCCAACACAGUCGUGAGCAUUGUGAUGAAUUUUUCUUUUAUCCAAGUGGGUAUAUUUUACUUUUAGGGAAGAUUUGAUUUAAUGAACAGCAACAAAACUGAAUGCCUAUUAUACAAACACAUGUUCCGGCUUGUAUUUUAACUUUAAUUAAUUAAUGCUAGUGACGGUAACAUACACUGAAGUUCCAAUAUGUAAUUUGAAUUGAAAUGAGUAGCUGGAUAACACAACUUGCUGUUAAUUUAAAUACAGCAAAAACUCUGCUUUUAGAAAUUGAGCCUUCUAUGUAGUACUAUUUAUGUGCAAUUGAUACUCUUUUCUACUGAUUCAAAAACAACAUUUCACCAGGACUCUAUUAAAGAACUGCUAUGAUUAAAACAUCACAUGGCUUUCUACUUAAUAGUUUCAAAUUGUCAUACAUAUCAGUUAGAAAUAUUAUCUUGUAAUAAAUGUAAAUUACAAUAAUGUAAUGUAUUACAAUGUAUAUGAAAGGUAUGCAUGUGUAAAUAUAAGUGCAGUAUUUUUUUUUAUAUGAAGUGCAAUGGAAAUAUAUACAUCAGGCUUAAUAAAGGAACUCUGAUUAUCACAUGAAUGUAUGCCCUGUACCAGUCCCAGAACCACAGCCUAGUGGUCCCAUGUUAAUUAAUAAAAUAUCUUCCUGUCAAAA